GGAGGCGUGACUGGUAUGUCUGCAGACUCGGCAGGUCAGGGCGGCUGGGGCUGUGUUCACGGGAAGGGUCUUCCCCGGAGGCCUGAGCGCCAAGCAGAGCGGACGAACUUCAUCCUGGGAGGCCGAGCAGAAGCCACUGCCGUGGGCCGCCCCCGCGCACGCCCAGUCGCCACCCUCUGCUCACUCGGGGCUCCCGGCCGGACCACAGAGCUUCAGACUUCUCAGUCGUCUCCGGUAAUAUAGUCCUGCCUUACCCGCGAGCCUACUCGUCCUCUUGAGUUUCCUUCUGCCGUUCCCGGAAGAGCGGCCCUCAGACCCAGCUCCAGCUCCAAGCAAGAAGCUAAGCCAAUCCCGGAGCGUUCCGCGGCUGCGCACGCACCGAAGCCUCACGUACGUGACUCGCGGAACGUCCGCUACUGGCGGCAGCGGUGGCUGCGAGGGAGAGAGGGGCAGUGAGGCGCCCCGUCAGUGCGUCCAGAUUCUGCGAACAUCGUGGUUCGGUUUAGAGCUGGAAAUUGGUGCUCUUGGCCGGGCAGUUCAGAAGUUUCCUUUAGCGUCUGAGGGCUUUUUUUCCGGUCGGAUCCCCAUUCAGGCACCUACUAAGACACCCAUUCAUCUUUCAGGGGUCCUCAUAGCCCUCCCUGCCGCUAAUUGACGGAUACAGUUGCCAAGGCGACCGUCUGAUUGACAGGCAGGAUUACCAACCAACUUCCGGAAGCUCCCCUCUGGGUCCGCCCGGCGCGUGGCCGGGGGCCCGUGAAAGAAGUGAAAGAACCAAAAGGGACGGUAACCCGACAACCUACUCCUAGGUUGUUGGCGAUUUCCCGGAGAUUGCGCGCUGGGGGCUGAGGCGUUUUUCGGACAGUCGAACGAUGCCGUGACGCAGCAUAGCGAUAGCGUUGGCAGUGUGAGCGCACCCCUGUGGAGGGAGCCCUUCGGUGUUCUUUGAAAGUGCUCCCUCGGACUCCUAGCGUGGGGGAGGGGUGGCGGCCGACCAGCGGUUCCCCGUCUGCGCUUGCGCCUGCACCUCUGCUGACCCGGCCUGCUCGCUCGCGCAAGUCCGCUGCGCGCGGAGCCGCGGUGGCCGGCAGCACUGCGCGUGCGCGUUGAAGAGCUUGUUGAGGAGCGGCGCUGGCGGACGUCGGGCGAGCGGCGCGUGACGUCGUGAGGAGCGCUUUAAAGUGCGGGCUGGGCCGGGCGUCUGAGGGUCUAGCCGGGAGUCGAGCCGAUUCUUCGCAGCGGCCCUCCGCGGCAUGAGGCGCUGCUGGCGCCCCUGCCCCCCGGGACGUGGAGAAGGUGGAGGAGGAGGAAGCUCCAUAGCCGCCACCGCUGCAUGACUCGCCGCCCCUGAGGUUCGACCCAGCGCCUGGCCCUCAACUCCCCCAGCCGGGUCCUCGUAUGGGGACCUGGCGCUGAGGACCCCCUGCCCUCCGGGGGCCCCGGGCCGCGUCCCCCGAGAGCCAUGCCCGGCCGCCCCGGCCGCCCCGAAGGACCCUAGAGCAGCGUCGCGGGGCCAUGGCGGCCGCCAGCGGUUACACGGACCUGCGUGAAAAGCUUAAGUCCAUGACGUCCCGGGACAACUAUAAGGCGGGCAGCCGGGAGGCAGCGGCGGCUGCGGCCGCCGCCGUGGCCGCCGCCGCUGCCGCCGCCGCCGCCGCCGAGCCUUACCCGCUGCCCGGGGCCAAACGCAAGUACCAGGAAGACUCGGACCCCGAACGCAGCGACUACGAGGAGCAGCAGCUGCAGAAGGAGGAGGAGGCGCGCAAGGUGAAGAGCGGCAUCCGCCAGAUGCGCCUCUUCAGCCAGGACGAGUGCGCCAAGAUCGAGGCCCGCAUCGACGAGGUGGUGUCCCGCGCCGAGAAGGGCCUGUACAACGAGCACACGGUGGACCGGGCUCCACUGCGCAACAAGUACUUCUUCGGCGAGGGCUACACGUAUGGCGCCCAGCUGCAGAAGCGCGGGCCGGGCCAGGAGCGCCUCUACCCGCCGGGCGACGUGGACGAGAUCCCCGAGUGGGUCCACCAGCUGGUGAUCCAGAAGCUGGUAGAGCACCGCGUCAUCCCCGAGGGCUUCGUCAACAGCGCCGUCAUCAACGACUACCAGCCCGGGGGCUGCAUCGUGUCCCACGUGGACCCCAUCCACAUCUUCGAGCGCCCGAUCGUGUCUGUGUCCUUCUUUAGCGACUCCGCGCUCUGCUUCGGCUGCAAGUUCCAGUUCAAGCCUAUCCGAGUGUCGGAACCUGUGCUUUCCUUGCCGGUGCGCAGGGGGAGCGUGACUGUGCUCAGUGGAUAUGCUGCUGAUGAAAUCACUCACUGCAUACGGCCUCAGGACAUCAAGGAGCGAAGAGCAGUCAUCAUCCUCAGGAAGACUAGAUUAGACGCGCCCCGGUUGGAGACCAAGUCCCUGAGCAGCUCCGUGUUACCACCCAGCUAUGCUUCAGAUCGCCUGUCAGGAAACAACAGGGACCCUGCUCUGAAACCCAAGCGGUCUCACCGCAAGGCAGACCCCGACGCUGCUCACAGGCCUAGGAUCCUGGAGAUGGACAAGGAAGAGAACCGACGCUCAGUGCUGCUGCCCACACACCGGCGGAGGGGGAGCUUCAGCUCUGAGAACUACUGGCGCAAGUCCUAUGAGUCGGAGGACUGCUCAGAGGCCGCGGGCAGCCCCACCCGAAAGGUGAAGAUGCGGAGGCACUGAGGCCCACUGCAUCCUCUCGGGAACUCUGGUUAAUCCUCACGUAGCCACCCCGUUUUUGUUUCGUUUUGAGGGGUUUUGUUUGUUUUUUGUUUGUUUGUUUGGACCCUUUUAUUUUUCCUUGGUUUAUUGCCUGUUGAGGCUAAAGAACAGAAUUGGUUCCUGGUUUUCCUCUUGGAUGGAAAGGCUGACAGCUCACUCUGGAGUGGCUAGUAGAGGAACGCGGGGCAACCAUCAUCAAGUGGGGCUGUGUCAGGCUGGUUUUAUUUAAAAGCAACAAAAUGUUUUGGUUAAGAAAAUUCUUGUUUUGCUUUAUAUGUAAAUUUUCUCAGUGUUGUGAAUGAAGUUGUCCCUGUAAACCCCCCCCCCCCCCCCCCACUCCCCAUGUUUAAGCUGGGCUGAGGUCUCCUGGGCCUUGCUGUCCUACCUGUCACCUGCUCUCCAGGCUCUGGAAAGUCACACAAACACCUUCUUCCUCUUGCUGCAGAAUCAUUCAGGAUGACUGAGCAGGCGCUUCAGUAGUGCCAGCCCCUGCACCCCAGAGCUAUUGGCCGAGCCCAGGGCUUCCUCCAUGCCCACUGGCCUGCUUUGCCUACAGGUCCCUGGCUGCAGCGGUCCUGACCUCUUGUCAAGAGCAUACCUCUGCUGGAUUGCUCCUUUCAGGCAUAUGCGUGUGAUUGUAUGGAACAGUUAGACUGGCCAUGUUGGGACAGUUUUAGAAAUUUUUUCUAGCUAGAAGGACUGGUGUCCUUCCAAGUCUAGCAUUUGGGGUAUGGAAAAUUGUGGUGUGUAGCAGGAUUUUUGUUUAGAUUUUUUUUUUUCCCUUUGGUCUCGUUCUUUUCCUUUCCCUUUCCUUUCGUCUACAUUGGCCAGUUUGGGCCUUCUCCCGUGUCACCCCCAUAGAAAGGUGUCUGCCCCUCUGCCUGCCUGCAGCACACAUCCAAGGCCAGAGCCCAGGUCUGCAGACUGGGUUAGUGUCUCUUCCGCCUCGGGGCACGGGAGCUGGGGAAGGGACUUUUAAAAAAUAGUAAUAAGAGGGGAAAAGUAGUCUUUGGCAGUUUCCACCUCCUCAGAUUCUCGAGGGCUGUGAGGUUUUGCUGGUCUAGAUUUGUUAGAAAUGUUUUAGGCCUGAGAGCAGAUUGCCCACGUUGCCACCACUAUGGGGAGGACCUUGGUUAUAGAGUCCUAGGUCUGGGGCUGCAGAAAUUGGGGGCAGCCACCAUUAGGAAGCCCUUCUCAGGGCCAGAACUCCUUUGCCAGCGUGGAUCCUCAAGUUGGAACUGCAUAACUAAGGCAGUUGCAUUUUUUUUUACAGCUCCCCGUCCCCCCUCAAUGAUUUGUAGUUGUGUGUGCAGCACUUUGCCCUGAUAUGUGUGCUCUACAAUAAAAACCAAAUCUAAUAUAUUUUGAAA